UUGCGCAAGCUGGGUCGCCUACCGCCUGAGGUGAAUUUGCCUGCGGAGUUCUCGCGGGCGGUACAAUCUAUCUGGGCGGAUAACGGUGACGCUCUCUCACGUCAUUAUACCGGUACAGUUGCCAUGAAGGGCGACUAUACGCGAACUGGCUCCCGAACAGUAAAUGGCCUGAUGAAAGACGGUGUUUCAUCGAUGACCAGAAGAGUGGUGGAACUGGGACGAUCCUAA